AUGGGGGACAAUUAUUCAACAUAUUUGCUUGACAUAGAAGGGACAAUUUGCCCGAUCUCGUUUGUGAAGGACACCUUGUUCCCUUAUUUCACGAAUAGAGUUCUGGAAUUGGUGCAACAGGAUUCAAGGGACUCCUCGAUUUCGGAGAUUCUGUCGCAGUUCCACAUCGAUGACAAACAGAAAUUGCAAGCACACAUCCUGAAUUUGGUGGCUAAAGAUGUGAAGGACCCGAUCUUGAAGCAGUUGCAAGGGUACGUUUGGGCUGACGGUUACGAAUCAGGUCAAAUCAAGGCACCCAUUUAUGUAGAUGCCAUCGAUUUCAUGAAAAGAAAAAAGCGUAUUUUCAUAUACUCUAGUGGAUCUGUAAAGGCACAGAGAUUGUUGUUUGGAUAUGUUAAGGACCCCAAAGCCCCUGAGCACGAUUCCUUGGAUUUGACUACCUAUAUAGAUGGUUAUUUCGACAUUAACACUUCUGGGAAGAAAACAGAACCUCAAUCUUAUGCUAAUAUUCUGCGGGAUAUUGGAGCUAAUGCUAGUGAGGUAUUGUUCUUAAGCGACAAUCCGUUGGAGUUGGAUGCCGCAGCUACUGUGGGAAUGGCUACUGGGUUAGCUAUACGACCUGGCAAUGCGCCUGUUCCCAAUACGCAAAAGUACCAAGUGUUUAAGAAUUUGGAAGAUCUUUAG